AUGAGGUGGUUAGCUGACUGUCGAGUUCAGAAACUCAGCUACGUUGUCGGCACCGGACACCUUCCGGACUAUUGCGCCGUUCUCCACGUACCAAAGAUGUUGACACGAUUUCAGCGCAUUCUUGUCGUGCGCCACGAUGAACGUCGUGCAGUGCUUGAAAUAUAUCCGCACAAGGUCGUAAACGGGAAUACUGCCAUCAAUGGUGGUUACGGCAUGGACAAUCGCCGUGUCGUCCGCCACGGAAGCGCAAUUGUCCGACGGGGGCUCAUCGAUCAACAGCAGACGGCAUGUUCUCCGGUAGAGGAGAAGUCGAGCGAACGAUAG